AUGUCAUCCGCCAUGAUGAAGCGGCUCCAAAGGGCAGUCCGCCGUCUUGUAUCCAAGAUAACCAAGACGAAGCAUCACCAAGAACCUAAGAAGCAGCGGGAGCAGCAGGGGGAGCAUGAGGAGCACGAGCAUGAACAGCAGCAGCAGGAGGAGGAGCACGAAGAGCACGAGGAGCACGAAGACCAAGAGGAGCACAGGGAGCACGAGGUGGAGCAGCAGCAGCAGCAGCAGCAGCAGAAGACUGUCUGCGCCCUUCUCGAGGUGCCCGUCGAAAUCGCCCUCCUCAUCGCCAAGAAUCUUCCGCUGCACGGCCAGCUACUGCUCUCCCAGACGUGUCGUGCCCUGCGAAUCGCCCUCCAUCACCCUCUAGGUCUCGACAAAGCCAAAUGGGGAAGCAGUCAGAGCGUCGAGUUCCUCUCAUGCCUCGCCCGUCAGCGGCCCGACCACUGGGCUUGCUGGCGGUGCCAUUGCCUCCAUCGCACCGACCACGCCGACUCUCCGGCCUCUCAAUUUCGGCAGAGAAGAGGAUGCAAGUCUCGGUCCGGUGAGAUCUUCGGCCCUAGAAUCGGUUCUCUGUUUAGGCUCUAUCACUUCCACGUUCAGCUCGCGCUCAAAUACACACGCCUGGCCCGCGCCGGACUCGAGGACGAGGGCGGCAGACGCCAAAGACACCUUGAAAAGAUAUUGCAGCCCUACCAUGGCGGGCUGCCUACCCGCUUACCCCCGUCACUCCUCAUCUGGUACUCUAUCUUCCCGAGGAUCGUUGACGGUAGGUUCUUGGUCCUGAGCGUAUGGAGCUUCGAAGACGAGGACACCGAAGUCAAACGCCAGCGUGACGUCUUGCGAUUCGUCCUCCCUCUGUGUCCGCACAAGAACUACCACGACCUGGCAUGGGCGAUCCGGAGGCGCAAAAAGCAGCUACUGCUGGAUCAACAGUUUGCUUUCUGCAGAACCGGGAAUGAGCUGGCACCCACGAGCCCGGUCCGCGUCGAGGUGCACGACGCCUGUCCAAACUGUCGAACCGACUUCUCCGUACGAGGCUCCCAGAUGUGUUCCGUCUUGCGCUGCUGGCAAGACUUAGGGCCCGAAGCAUCGCCCAGGAAUCGAGUCUGGAGAGCUCGAGCCGAUAUGCUCGAGGACAAUAGACUGCCUAAUGUUUAUCACGAACCCGGAAGCGUCCGCGCACUCUAUGAAUCUGUCGAUGGUGUACUUGAGCCAGAGGAGCAUGAGAAGACGACCCAGUCUACGUCAUCUGUCGAAGGAAAGGUCGGCGCCUGA